AUGCCAACCGUGUCAGAUAUAACAGGAAACAACGUGUAUCCACCGACGAUGGCAUCAGACCAGGAGUCAUGUUCUGAUGAGGAGCCUGACAGUGAGAUGUUGAGUGACGACCUGUGUCUACCUGACAGCGAUGAUGAGAGACAGUCCACCAGGAACAUUCAAAGUCUACCAGAAGACAUGCCCUCAAUAAACUCCUGUCUUCUCCGUCCCCCUCGGAAGCUGUUCACCAACUGCCGUGAGAGGUGGAGGCAGCAGAAUGUGAGCGGUGCCUUCGCAGAACUAAGGAGGUUGGUGCCCACGCACCCGCCUGACAAGAAGCUGUCCAAGAAUGAAAUACUGCGGAUGGCUAUUAGGUACAUCGGUCUUCUCUGCGAAGUUCUUGAAUGGCAAAAGUCCCACGGACUAUCAAUGAACAAAGAAAACUCAGCGAGUCUCGCGAUUAAAUGCGAAUCCCCUCUGAGUCCACAAUCCAGGAGGCUUCGGCUCAAAAGACCAUACUUUAGCGAAGACGACUGCCCGAGAGCGAAAAUCUUCCACGAGACCAAUGAAUACCAGAGGUAUGGUAAUGAAGAAAACGAAGAAGUAAAGAGAGGGUAUCAGAGACCCAUCGUCAAUAGAACAGAAUUCUACUUCGGGAAGGAACACUUGAGAGUUUUACGGAAUCAGUUCUACUUCCCUCCAAGAUGGCGACAAAAUAUGCCGUUCAGGAACCUGGCGGAUCGUAAUGGAAAUAAUUUAUUGAUGAUAGCACCAGCACAAAAUGGGAAAGAAGACCAUGAUGGGAAGUUGCAGAAUGGCCAUGGGAGUAAAGAGAAAAGUGAUAAGGAUAACAAAUAA